AUGUUUGUUGGUUAUGCCAUCACACCCACAUCUUCCACCAAUAUAUCAAGGGGCGACAAUGCAAUGAUGGACCUUAUCUCUCUUUUGGUUGAUCUUGCCACAAUAGAAGGUGAUAGCAAUGUUUCAGACAUUGUAUCAGUCCCACAGCAGACCACAUCAAAAGUGAUGAAUGCAAUCAGAGCAGCAGACUUCCUGAUUGGAGCUUUAAUUAUGCUGCAAUCAGAUGAGACUAGGAUCAAGGCUGGUGCUCUUGAAAUCCUUGCAGACAGGAUACUCAAGGCUGCAGAAGCUGUCAUCGCAAACAACAGAAGACUGCUACAUCAAUUAUUGACUACAUUGGGGAUGUCCCAACACUGUGUUACCGUGCUAUGCAUGUGUGGCUUUUCUUCCCUUGCAUUCCAUGUUACUGAGGAAUUUCUUACACCUUACUUCCAAGAGAUUGCACAAGAGUGUACAUCAGUCCUCCAAGAAGGGUUGAGUGGCAACAUGGCUGUUGACUGUUCUGCUCAAAUAGUGCAAUCUUCAGGCUUGGUAUUGAUGCUCCCCACUUUCUAUGGUGCUGCAGAAAUCAGGGACAUUGUUAAACUCCAUCUAGAUUACUCUGUCACCUUGAGUGGUUCCAUGACAGUACUCAUCGACAGCUUUGGCAUGAACAUGAAGUCUAUGACUGCUCCAGUGAUGUGCCAGGGAGAACCUCAUAUCAUUUCAGCAUUCUUGGAACUUGUUGUGAAGCUUAAUGAGACAGCCUUCAGACUGUUGUUCUGUCAUUUGUAUGACUGUGUGUUUGCAGCUGAGAAUGCAAACAUUGAACUCACAUUUUGCCACAUGUACUCUGCCUUGUUGGAUUAUUUCAAGGUGCACUAG